AUGUACUAUGUCAUAUUACCACAGCAAUUCAAGUCCCUAAAACAGUAUGAGGCCGUUGAAAUAUUUGGCCAGAAAGGACUGCAAUUAUAUCUAAAGUUCGCUUUGAGUCAAGUGGAACGUGGCGAAUUUCAGUGUGGAAGUAAAUCGACUGCUUGCGAUUUGCUUCCCUUCAUGGCAUCCAUCUUGAGCUAUCUUGAGAAUCCAUCGAAAACCAUCGCGAAGUUUACGAUGCUUCCCAAUGGAGUAGAUCCACCGAAGUUCACCCGCCACAGCGAAAGAGAAGUAUCUUGUGAUUCUGUCUCCGAUUCCCGAGAUGAAGAUAAAAUGUCAAGAGUAAGAACGAAGUCUGAGUCGGUGGUCUCAUCGGAUGUGUUCUUAAAAACUCUCGUAAAAAUUGCAAAUGACUCGCAGGAAUGUUCCGAAGACGCAGGUGAUCCAACAGAUGCUAUAAAUCUUGAUGUGUGUCGAGGUGAAGUAGCACGACUAGAGGAAAAGAAAGGGAUUAUUGAGUGA